CGGAGCGGGGAGCACCGCAGGUUAAAACAACAAUCAGUGUUAUGGAGGAGGACUUAGAAGUGUUCCAGGACCAAGCUGUGACUAUAGCUUCUCCAUGUGAAGCUGAACUUCAGGAAUUAGUGCAUCAAAUUGACAUCAUGGUAAACAGAAAGCAAGUAGAAUGGGAAAGAAAGAUGAGAGCUUUGGAAGCGAAGAUGGAUAUCCAGGAUCAAGAAUUAGCAAGUACCCAAAGCAAACUGGAUCAAAAAGGUCAAGAGGUGGGACUACUUCAACAAGAAUUGGAAAACUUAGAGAAAACUAAAAAUGAAAUGGCUCAGAGUUAUGAAACUCAGCUUCAAGCACUGAAAUCUCAAUUCUCAAGAUUGACACAUAGUUAUGAAAAGCUACAGUCACAUCAGUUAAAACAAAAAAAGCUCAAAAGUAGAGAAAAAUAUGAGGAAAACCUGGAGACAUCAUCUAACCCAAGGAAUUUAUACAUGAAACUGGAGGAAUAUAAGGCAAAAUCACAAGAAUGGGAGAAUGGGACAACCUGUGUAAAUAAUUCUGUUUAUGUAGAUAUGCAACCAAAAUUAUUGCCUGAGAAAUGUAAUUUAUUUCAGAAGCACACCCAGAAUUAUCAACUCCAAAUAUGCAAUAAGAAGCAAAACCAAGAAGAGCUAAUUACCUAUACCCAGUCCAAAAGUGAAAAUGAUGAUUUGAUUAUUGAAAAGCUAAAGGCAAUUGUGAAUGAAAUAGCAAGAAACAAGAAUGAACUAGUAGAAGAAAAUAUGAAACUCCGUGAGGAUCUAAAAAUGUACCAAAAUCAGUGCCAGAACAUGGAGGCAGACGUCUCAGAAAUGAGAAAUGAGCUGCAGUCAAGGGAUGGUCUCUGGAGAAGGAUACAAGUGGAAUACCAAAAAUUGUAUACAGAACUACUGAAAAUCAAAGAGUAUAAAGAUAUGCAGGAAAUUGAAAUAAAGCAUCAAUCAUCUCAUGUUCAGCUUACUGAGCAACUAGAAAAUAAAAACACUGAGUUAUUGCUAUUUGCAGGAAGUCAAGAACACAAAGAAGAGCUGAACAAGAUAAGAAACCAUGUUUAUCGAGAAGAGCAGUCCCAUUGCUCUGAGCAGGAAAGAAUGAAGACAGAAAUCUCUGACCUGACAGAGGAGCUUCAUCAGACGGAGAUCACUAUAGCAACUAUCAUGGAGAAAGCUAGUCUUCUGGAAAGACAGUUAAAAAUGGAGUUAGAGACAAAACACAAAUUGUUAACUAAACAACAGUUGUUGGAAUUCCAUUACCAAGUUAUCAAAUCUGAAAACACACAUCUAAAAGAAAUGGUGGAAAACCAGGAGUGUGAGAGUUGCAUGUGUAUAGAUUUAUGUAACAAAGAACAUGGAAAUUUCACAGCUUCUGUUCGCAAAAUGAAACAUGAGAAUUUAAGACUACAAAAUAGCCUUGUUAAACUACAAAAUGACACAGAAACAUCCAUACUGGGUUGCAUGGAUACAUAUAAGGAAACAGAACACAGCUACCAAACCCAUUCAGAGGUGCAAGAAACAGAAGAGAGAUCUUUCCAAAAUAAAGAUUCAUGGGAAGUGGAAUGUCAACAGACUGCUAUGCUCACUGCUGGUAGAUACCACAGAAACUGUAGUCCUGCUUUGUAUGGCCAAGGCAAUAUCACUGGUUCAAACAGUGAUAGCACUUCAUCUUCUCAUCCACUUCGCAGAGGUCAUGAAAAGAAAAUACUUCAUAAAUCUCCAUUACCACCAGAGGGGUAUCCUUUGGGCUUUCCUGGACCAUUUCCUGAAGUGGGCAGAACAGGCAGCUUUCAGAGCCCUGCUUCCAAUGAGGAAGAAAUCAAAUUAUCGUCUCCCCCUGCGAUGUCCUUCCUUGCAACAACAGAGAAGUUCCUUCAAGAGGAAGAGAAACAUGCAAGAGAAUUUGAAGAACGUUUAAAUUCACACCUUGAAGAGCUGCAAAGAUAUUCUGAAAACACUCUAAAAAAAUAUGCCAGGAUGCAGCAAAGCAGGCAUACUUAAGCCAGUCACACAAUUAAGGAAAGCAAACCAAGUAAUCACCCAUGAGUUUCUCAGAACUAAAAUCUGCAAAUAGCCGCUUAAUGUAUUUAGGCACAUUGCCAAUAGCAUGUAUUUGUAACACCAAGUUUUCAAGAAAAUAAUCAUUAUCCAACAGAUUUAAUUAUAUUGUAACUUGACUAUAUUACAAAAUAAACUCUAAACAUAUUCUAAAAUAUACAGGUGGGUUAAAUUGUGUGCAGCAGAGACCCUGUUGCAGCAUUGUAAAUCAAGAAACAAGACACUUAAAAUUCUGUAAUGUACAGAGGGCUAAUAAGUGGAAUUACUCCCUUGAAAUUAGAACCAACCAUGAGAAAUUCUCUAGAUUGUAAAAAAAAAUAAUAAAGGCCUUUAACCAUGUCUGGGCUCCUGGCAU